GGCAGGGCAGACUGAGAGAAAGGAAAGGAAAGCAAAAUUCCCCGCCCAGAAUGGCUAUAGAUCCCAACCACACCGCCAACGCCGCCGCCGCCGCCGGACGUCCGCUGAGACCCAUAGCUCCUGCCCCUACUCCUCCUCCUCCUGCUCAUAUGUACACAGUCCCUAUGCGGGCCCAGUCUUCACCUGGUGCCCUUGUCUACCCCUCUGCCCGCCCUCCCUACCCUCCUCCCCUCAAUUUCCACCCUCAUCCUCAUCCUUAUCCUCCUCAUCUUCAUCCCUCUCCUCCUCCGCCCGCUUACCAAUCUCUUCUUCCCCCUCCAAUUAAGGACCUUCGCUUUUCUGGCCUGGUUGCUCCUCCGUCUUCAGUUCCCGACUCCAACGGCAUCAGGGAUAAAGGCAGAGAUGACACUCAAUUCCUCAUUCAAGAUCGCAAAGUCAGGAUAACAGAUGGAGCUUCUCUAUAUGUGCUUUGUCGCUCAUGGUUGAGGAAUGGUACUUCUGAAGAAAGUCAGCCACGAUACGGUGAUGCUACAAGGUCUCUUCCAAAGCCUUCACCCAUACCCAUGGCAAGUGCGAUUCCGCCAAACAAGGAUGAAGGCGAUAAAAAAGAAGACAACGAAGACAAGGUUGAGGAAUCCGUUGAACAUGUAUCACCAGAAGAUCUGUUAAAAAGACAUAUCAAACGUGCUAGAAAGGUUCGAGCACGAUUAAGAGAAGAACGCUUGCGACGAAUUGCUAGGUACAAGUCUAGGCUUGCUCUACUCCUUCCUCCACUUGUAGAACAGUUCCGAAAUGAUCUAGCAGCGGGAAAUUAGCGUAUGGAGAACUUUAUAAGAUAUCACUAAGCACCAAGUAGGAUUGUCUUUCGCUGUAUAAAUUUGUCUCGUGUUUGGUUUGUUGUACUUUUAUUUUAUUUUGGUGCUCAUAAACAUGAAAAAUGUUGUUAUCUAAAGAUGUUGGGAAAGACUUGUGAACUGAUCAGGUGCAACAUUGUGUUAACUGCCUAGAGGGUAUAAUUUUCAGUGACGAAUUGAUUCGAGCAUAUUCCAGUUCCAAACA